GUGCUGCAACUGGGAAAGUUCAAGAUUCAGCGAGAAAGAGAAACCCGCACAUGCUGAAUGAGGAAGGGAACAAACCACUAUGAUGGACGAGCUUAGCACGCCCGACAACAAGCGCCAACCCGACGCCUCUUCUUCAUCUGUUUCCCAACUCGAGACUUCGCCCUUCUUCAAUUACAUCAACAACUUGUCUCCCUUAGAACUCGUCAAGUUCAGGAACAAGACCGGUGUUGGUCUUCAACCAUUCGAUUCGCAGAGUUUCAGAACCCCUUCGCCCAUUUCCACUUGGGAACAGCUCAAGUUUGUUAACUCUUCAGCCAGGUGUCAAGGCUCCGUAGUAGCACGAUCAAGUUCUAAACUUAGAGAAUUGCCAGAAUUUGAUAUAACCCCCCAAGAAUUAGAAUGCUCAGCUUCCAAGAAUGAAGUAGUAAAGGCUGAUGUGGCAGCUCAGGAACCUCCGGAGGCAAAACUCGAAAGCAUUUCGGCCGAAAGACUUUCAUACGAUAGCAAAAGGAAUCUAAGAAGAAUCACUCGCUCUCGGGGAAAUAAAGAUGGAAUGGAGCAUGAUUGGGUUUCAGUAAUUUCUGAAUUGGCUGAUGUGUUGACCUUAGAUUCGUUGUCCAUCCUGGAGAAAGAAGAAGACCCCGAGCUGAAAGAACAGCAGAAGGUGAUGUUGAAUCCUAUGGAAGAAAGCAAUUUUGUAUCGGAUGUAUUGCAGAGUCCUCAGGAAUUUGAUCAAAUGGGAGAAAACCAGAAAGAGGGUAAUGUUCAUGGAGCUCGGUCUAAAGAGCUGGUUGUAUGUGAUGCAUCUGUAAAGACAGGUCUUCAGCAGAAGCAGCACAAAGCAAGAAGGCGAUGCCUGAUUUUCGAGAUGGCAGGUAGCCAGAAAAGGAAAUCUCAAGUUGACGGCACAAUGGCUAGCAGUAGUUCAUUAGAUGAAAAGAAAGAGGAUACUUGCUUAUCAAGGAAGGGAAAUGUGUUGCACUUGCGUUCUUUUGUCACAAGUUCUGAAGUGGUCAAGGCUCAGUGUUUAAGCAACCAAAAGAACACUAAUUUGGUCGAGAGUAAGCAAAAUGUACCUGAGAGCUCGAUAGUGCCUGAAUGGGGUGACAGUAGUAGUCCCAAGAGAAAGAGGCUCAAAGUGGUACACAUCAAGAAAUGCAACUGCAAGAGAUCAAAAUGCUUGAAGCUAUACUGUGAAUGCUUUGCUGCUGGUCUCUACUGCAUGGAGUCUUGUUCAUGUCAAGGUUGUUCCAACAAUCCUGCGAAUGAAACCGCUGUUCUAGCUACUCGUCACCUCAUCUUUUCCCGAAAUCCCCUUGCUUUUGAACCUAAAGUGAUGACCAGGCUUGGGGGGGAAAUGAAUGCAGCUACCCCAGCUUCAGCUAGGCAUAAGAAAGGAUGCAACUGCAGAAAGUCACAUUGCUUGAAGAAAUACUGUGAAUGCUUUGAGGGCGGCGUUGGCUGCUCUCCUAGCUGCAGGUGCAGAGAAUGCAGGAAUUCAUUCGGCAGCAGCAAUGUUCCUUUUCUGCUCGAGUAUGGCAGCUGAAGGGAAUGACGCUGAGGUUGAAGAACAUGUAAUGUAGCUCUGGGAAGGAUCAGUUUGCGUGCACUCUUGAUGGCACAUUGUUGGCGAAUCUGAAAGCAAUGACUUUGUAAGUUUGUAUCGAGUUCUCAUGUAACCAUCUGGGUUUCUUUCUGUGCUAGUUAAGCGAAUCCGCCACGUCGAUUUGUAAGGCGAUGAGCAGCAAAAGAAUCAGAUGUUUCUAAGAUAACCAGUAGAAGAUUUUUCUUGUCAGUAGAAGCAUAAUGAAAGAGCAAUGGUGAG